AUGCGCGAGGAGAGGAGGCGGCAACGGACGGCCACACGCGACGAUGGCAGCGACGAUGGAGGCAGUGGCGACGACGACGACGGCGACGACGAGCUUGGCUUUGACCAUUUGACCACGUACGGUUUUGGCGCGCAGCAGAUUGCCGAGGUCCGCGAGCGGUUUCUGGAGGCGCGCGGGCACUUGCCGGCGGCGCAGCGGCGUCAGGAGGAGGAAGAGUGGAUGAACGCCAUUGCACUCAUCUCGCUCCACGAUCCGCACAUCAGCCCGGUUGACGUGCUCGCGCAGAACAUGGUGCCACCACCGGCGGCGGCGACGCCGAUGAGCGCGGCAAUCGAUGACGUGUUUCCGCGGGCGGCUGCGUCUGCCACCACUGCCAUUGUGGCGGCUGUGACUCAAGAGGGCUCGCACUUUGACUUUCUCGUCGGCGCUGUGGCCGGCUUUGUUCUCGGUCCGAUCCUCAUGAUCUGGCUCUGCUGCGAAGACUCACUAACGGGCCAGUUCCGGCUUGGUCUUGUCCUGGGUCUGUUGAUCAACGCCGGCUUUGGCUUGUUGCGGCUUGUGGACGGAUGACGGCCUGUUGGUGCUGGCCCAAGACCGCAGCGUCAGCGCCCUCGGCACGCUGGCACAAGAUCGAGAUGACAGGCUGCCUUGACGCUCUGAUCAAGUACAUACCGAGCUACUACC